UGGAGGUCACAACUGCCGAUUAAACUCAGUUUUUCUUUGGCCUUGGUGGUAGCAGGAACCAAACUGCAGCAAUGAAGUGUCUUCUGGUUUCAGUUCUGCUCGUGGGAGUCGCGACUGCAGCGGAGAAGCGGAACGGAAAUGACCCGCAGAAUAAGAAACACGAUAAACGUGGACUAUUGGAUUUAAGCUACGGUUUGCCCCAGCACGGAGCUCCGUCUCAUGUCUACGGUCCCCCAGCACCGGAGCCAGCUCCUAUUUAUGAGGGUCCUGCCCCAGUUCAACAUCCGGAACCUCCAGGUCAUCUGCACUUCGAACCGGCACCAGCACCAAUCGUUGCUCAUCCAGUCGGUCCUGCGUUACCAGUACCUCAUCCAGUUCCGCAUCCGGUUCCAGUAGCUGUGCCUCAACCACAUCCGGUACCAGUAGCAUAUCCGGUGAUUCACACAGUAACCAAACACAUUGGGGUACCUGUACCUGUACAGAUAGAUAGACCAGUUGCGGUUCCGGUGGCGGUGCCAGUACCUAAACCAUAUCCGGUUCACGUAGAAAAGAUUGUUCACGUAGACAGACCAAUCGCGGUACCGGUUGAGAAACCAAUUCACGUGCCAGUUCACAUUGAUCGUCCUAUUGCUGUACCAAUCGCUGUACCAAAGCCAUAUCCUGUCACAGUUGAGAAAUUCGUACACGUCGAUCGUCCUUACCCUGUACACGUGGCCGUUCCUGUGCACAUUCCCAAACCAUAUCCUGUACCAGUUGCCAUUCACGCUAGCCAUUAUAAACCAGUUCACGGAUGGUAAAUCGAUUAACGAAUCUAAUUCUAAGACACAACGAAUAUAGGGUCUGACUAUGGGAAUUCCUUAUGACGCACAAGACUGCUUUGGAAUUUUUUGAAAAAUUAAAAGAAGUCUAUCCUACUCGAUAAAUUCAAUAAAUUCAAUAAGCAUCUUCCAGCUCUAAGAGAUGAUUUCUCAGAAGCUUUUUAUAACCCACGUUGAUUCGUGUAUUUCUAGCUUAAUAUUUAUAAAGCUCAAUUAAUAAUGGACUCUUGUAUACUACUUGUGCAUACGUAGCAGUCCUUCAUAAGAGUUCACAGAAAGACUUGUAUCGCGAAAUGAUCACGGAUGACGUUAACAUAAUUUUACAUCAUGUCAAUCAGACCUAAUAUCACCCUCUAUAUCAUGAAUAUAUUACAAAUCAAAUAAAGUGUACACUUUUUUUUUAUAAUAAAUUCCUGUUAAAUGAAAUAACUGAUGUAUCAAUCUUAUAAAAUUUAGCAACCGUCUAAUUUUUGUGCCUCGUUAACAUUGAUAUUGCCAGUAAAUAUGAUAUACAUAGAAAAUGUCUUAAAGGUCGACCAGUUGCCAAGUCCCACGUUUAGUGUGGAGUU